AGGCUGAGUUGCGUAGAUUGGCGACUCAUCCGAUCUUGCUCUCGGAAGCGGCGACUGCGCAGAUCAAGGACUACAGUCGAAUUCAUGCUGCUUUUCCCCUGGUGCGAGCUCUGCUUACCCUGUGGCGUCGCCGUGUCUCGCUGAGAUGGCUCAAUAAAUGCUGGCGACAGAGGAGUCUUUGACAACAUCAUCGAGUCUGGCAUCGACAACACACUUGCUCUGGAUCUCAUUCCACACCUGCACACAGGGAUACGCGACGCAUCGAGCGGUGGGUUCUCCUCAAAUCCAAGUCUACAUGGUCCGAGCACCUCAUGUCGUUUCAAGGUCUGUGUUUCAGGUGUAUCAUGAAGGCACCUCUGCGUCCGAUGACGUCGGCUGUAUCGUUUGUUCUGUGGUCUUACGCUCUGCUCACGCUACCGCUCCUUACAGGGCUUCACUUCAAAGCAAUGACGCGGGUUUCAUGUUCGUCCUGCUCGUUAUUGAAUGUAAGAGGAGUAUAAAGGCCCCUCAUUGGGCGAGUAUGAAGGAUAAGCUUGUACGUUCAGAGCGUCAUUGUGCCGCACUCUUAGGUUGCAUAUUGCUCACGCGCAGACUGCCCAAUUUAUGACUCUGCUCUCAAGGCUUGGACGAAGUCUUUGUUUGGCAACAUGAUACUUGCUAUCGAUACUGUGGUAGAAGGAAACGUAUCAUGUAGACAAAGAUAGAUAA